UUGAACAAAAACAGCACUUCCACGUAACUUAUUUAAUAUAUUUUCAUAUAUCAUUGUUUAUUCCAUUUGAUAAUACUGCAAAUUUUACAGACUUAUGAUAUGACCACUUGUAAAGAUUUUUUGAAAAUGGCUUUUUCUUGUAAUCGAUACAGAUUAAUUGUUGUAAUAUUGUUGUCGUUAAUAAUGUGGCAGCUGUUUAGUAUGUUUCCGGGGAAUUCUGGGCGAGAUGAGAAACUGUCUCAGCCUGGAAUAGUGGAACUGGAGGAUGACAUGUUUAAUAUACAUAAACAGGACAAGGUGAAGGUGCGGGUGUACUAUGAGGCACUGUGUCCGGACUCCAGGCAUUUCUUCUUAAAACACCUCUGGCCCGUCACAGAAAAACUGUCAGAGUUCCUAGAUAUAGCUCUUAUCCCUUAUGGAAAAGCAACUACCAAAGAGAAAGAUGGAAAGUAUUAUUUCGACUGUCAACACGGCGAGACUGAGUGCUACGCGAACAAGAUCCACGCUUGUUCUAUUGAGGCUGUAGCAAACACGACAACAGCAGUGAAGUUUACAGAAUGUAUGAUCCUGGAUAACAGCGACCCAGAUGAAGCUCUCUCAAGGUGUGCAAAAGAGAUGAACGUAGACCCAAACCCCAUCAGCACCUGUUCAUCUAGCGAGCACGGAUCGAAUCUACUGAAGAAGUACGGAGACGACACCCAGAUUAUUGACCCAUACUUCAUUCCUACUAUAACUUUGAACGGGUCGGUACCAAAAAAAACUUUGCCCGCGAUCCUCAAGAAUUUCCUUCUUGAGGUGUGCAAGCGGAUUGCCAUGCCGCUGCCGCCCCCUUGCUUGUGACAAACCCGACGAAGAAGGGUGAGGCAUCAGAUGCUAAAGUUAAAAACAUAAAUGUGACGCCAAAAA